AAGAGGAAACCGGGCCGGGACGAAGACCAGCUGAUUCGAGAACGACUUGUCAGCGAGGCAGCAGUCACAGCAUCUGUUGAUCAUCAAAAUGGCAUCUCUUGAGGACUGGGCAUGCGCUGAACUGGACAAGCUCGGUAUUCCCGAUGCAGGGGACAUCGUGCGCUACCUCCAACCCAUUGAAGACCCUGCAGAAGUGGAGGACUACUUGGCCUCGAUGUUGGACAAGGGUAAUAGUUCGCACCAGAAAUUCAUCAAAGAAUUCAUGAGGAGGCAAGAGGAAGACAAGUCGGCCAUUGAUUCCAGGUUCUACCGCAAGUCCAAUAUAGAAGAAGAUUUUGGAUAUAAGAUUAACGAGGGGAAAAAGAAGCAGAAGAAUAAUAAGGAGAAUGGUGGGGGUGGGAAUAGUAACAAAGAUAAUUCAUCUAACUCUAACUCUAAUUCUAAAUCUAAUCCACCUGCUCCUUCAUCAGCAUCAGCAGUGGGGAAGAAAAAAUCUAAGUUUGUGUCAUUGUAUUCGGAUGAAGGGCAAAAUAGGGAUGUUAUCCUUUUACAAGGCAGACAUAGAUGUGACUGCCAAGCAAGCAAGCAUAAACUGAUCAACAACUGCCUGAAGUGCGGCCGCAUAAUCUGUGAACAAGAGGGGUCAGGUCCAUGCCCAUUUUGUGGUAAUCUUGUGACAACAAGGGAGGAAAAGGAGAUUCUGAAUAGAGGAUCGCGAAAGUCAGAGGCACUUCAGAAAAAAUUGCUUAGUGAUAGAAAUGCUGUUGUCAAGGGACAGUCAUCAGAUCAUCAAAAAGCCAUAGAUCAUAAAAAUCGAUUGCUGGAAUUUGAUCGCACAAGUGAAAAGAGAACAAAGGUUUACGAUGACGAGAAUGAUUACUUCAGUUUAAAUUCUAGAUGGCUCAAUCAAGAGGAUAAAAUGAAACUUCAGAAGAGAGAAGAAGAAUUAAGGAGUAAACGGUUUGACAGAAAAAACCAAAAGGUGACAAUCGACUUAUUUGGUCGGAAGAUUGUUGCUGAGAAAAAUAAUGCAGGUCUGUAUGACCCAGAUGAUCCAGUGGUGAAGGAGAUUCUUGAAGGUCGAACACAAGACAUAUUUUCUGCCCCAGACAGGGAAGAAUCGGGACCAAAAAUUGAAGUGAGUCGGCCAGAAUACACCACCACUGGUAUCACUGGGAACAAGAAACAGAAAGGUGGCAAGUUCCAAGCUGCUAGUAACAGUAUGCGUGUGCAAGACCGAGAGCUUUUAGAGAUGACUGAUGAGGGUAAGUGCCUGAGUAUGCACCAGCCAUGGGCAUCCCUCUUGGUGGCAGGAAUCAAAGUCCAUGAAGGACGCAUGUGGUACUCCUCCCACAGGGGAAGGUUAUGGAUUGCUGCUGCAGCCAAGGUCCCAGCUCCUGAGGAAAUCCAACAGUUAGAGCAUAUGUAUCGCGUUCUCCUGAAGGAUGAAUAUUUACAAUUUCCCAAGCACUAUCCAACGGGAUGCUUACUAGGGUGUGUUGACGUUGUUGAUGUGCUUCCACAAGAAGAAUAUCGUACACAGUUUCCAGAAGGGGAGAGUGAUAGUCCAUAUGUGUUUGUUUGUGAGAAUCCACAAGAAAUGAUCUUGAAAUUCCCUAUAAAAGGAGACCACAAAAUAUACAAACUAGACCCUAAGAUUCAUCAAGCAGCAAAAAAAUCCCUUCGACCUAGAGAAGAAUAGAUUUCAGUAAUGAUUAUUAUUAUAUGAAAAAGGAAAUAGUGUUUUGUUAUAAAUAUUUUUGUUAUUAUUAGUAUACUCUUUGUAUUACCGUUAAUAGUAGUGUUAAUUUAUUACUGUUAUUUUUUUAUUGGUUAUUUACUCAUUAUUAUUGCUGUUAUUAUUAUUAUUAUUAUUAUUAUUAUUAUUGUUAUUAUUAUUAUUAUUAUUAUUAUUAUUUUUUAUGUUUUUUGUAUUAUUAUUUUUUGUAUUAUUAUUAUUUUAUUUAUCUAUUAUUAUUAUUACUAUUACUAUUACUAUUACUAUUACUAUUACUAUUACUAUUACUAUUACUAUUACUAUUACUAUUACUUUUACUAUUACUAUUACUAUUACAAUCCCUGUUACUACUACUAUUAUUAUUAUUAUUAUUAUUAUUAUUAUUAUUAUUAUUAUUAUUAUUAACAUUAUUAUUAUUAUUAUUAUUAUUAUUAUUAUUAUUAUUAUUAUUAUUAUUGUUAUUAUCAUUAUUAUCAUUAUUAUUAUUACUACUAUUACUAUUAUUGUUAUUAUUACUGUGACUGCUACUACUACUAUUACUACUACUUUCAGUAUCAUUAUCAUUAUAUCCUGUAUGUGACUAUGAAAUUAUACAACUACUAUUAUAUAUAUUUUUUAUGUACAUUCCAGGUUGGAAGGUGAUUGUAACUGAACUUAUAUAUUAAAGGAAUGAGAAGUUG